AGGAGCGACCUCGGGGCCCUGUUUGCUGAAAACGUGACGCUGUUAGUGGUUGGGUCAGACAGCGGCGGGUUAAGAGAGAGACACGGAAUCGCUACUGUGGUUUGGAGUGCCGAGCGCUGCCGGUAUCGUCUACAGAAGAAGCUGUCGCUGUUCGGAUUAGCAGAUAGACACGAUGUAUCUCUGCAGGGUCGCUUUUUACAACCUGGCACCCGCGGCGAAGAUCUCAUUCUCUUCGCGAUUACUUAGGAACGCGUAUAGGACUGGGAUUCGCCAGAUGUCCUCUGGUGGUCAUUCAGGUUCCUCAGGCGGGAACAUGUUUUAUGCUCUGAUGAUCGGUGGAGUGUUUGCAGGCGCGGGCCUUUACGCAUACAAAGUUCUCCAAGAGGAUAAAGUCAGGUACAAUGACAGGGUUGCACAGCUAAUGGAGCAUCCAAAGAGCAUUCAGAGUGAGUCUGAAGAGAUGCCUCAGGAACUUCAACCCAAGAGUACAGAGAAAACCGUAGAUUGCGAUGAAGUGCCAUCUCCUGAAGUGGUGGAAGCUCGUGAAGAGGCCUCUGUGGCUGAGAGUGUUAAGCAACCUGAAAUUCCUGCAUCAGUUGAACCCAGCAAGGAAAAGUCAACAGCGGAAGAAGAAAUGAUCACAGUUCUGCCAGCAUCUACUUCAGCUAAAGAUGAUUCCCAAACUCCUGAAGUACCUGAAGCUGGUGGAGAGGCCACGGAGAUAAUAGCAGUGGAGGUGGCGAGCCCGGUGGUUGACGAUGCUGAGCAGACGGAAAAUCCUCCAGCAGUUGUAGAACCCGCAGUGCCAUCGGAGGAAGAAGAAGUGACAUCGGAGGAAGAGGAAGUGACAUCGGAGGAAGAGGAAGUGACAUCGGCGGCACAGGAGCAAUAGCCAUGACCGAAACAAAUUACAGACGAGCUGAAUUUUCAUAUCGGGUAACUUGAUUGUUUGGACCCUGCAAGGAGUUACAACACGCGACAAUGAUGAUGCGCAGAAACCUGCAAUUUCUACAUUUGAGGAAUAGUUCUAAAAGUGGUUUAUUUCUCACUUUACAAUGUGCAAUCUAGUGCAUAUUUAUUGUUUUAGCAUUAAGCCAUAACAUUAGCACUGUGCAACUAUUAGUUCUACUAUUGUACUUACAUAGUCUUUUGGAUUUCUAAAUAUAUAUUAAUAUAAUUGAUAAAUACUUAAUUUCAAAGUUAAGUGAGUGUUUCUGUAACAAUACUGAGGUAGAUGGAAGACAGCAAUAAAGGAAGGAAGGGUACAUUGCGGUGAAGAAACACUCAGAGUGGGAGGGCAGGUGUCGGAGAUGCUUGAACUGGGGCACCACAGCAGUGUAGUGGUUAGCCCACACUGUUACAGCUCUGGCGCCGUCUGUAUGUUCUCCCUGUGAACCUCGUGGGUUUUCUCCAGGUGCUCGGUUUCCUCACAAAGUCCAAAGACAUGCCGCUUAGUAGGGUAAUUGGUCAUUGUAAAUUGCCCUGUGAUUAGGCUUGGGUUAAAUAGGUGGGUUGCUGGGCAGUGCGUCUCGUUGGGCUGGAAGGGUCUGUUCUGCUCUGUAUCUCUAAAUAAAAUAAAAUAUGUUGAUUCAU